AAGAAUGGGAAGAAAAUGAGGAUGUUUGUAAAAAGAGGAGUGUGAUGGAGCGCGUUAAACAAUAAUACAGAGGGGAAUGUUAAUGGAGGAGAGAGAGCAAGGCAGAGGAAACGAGAGAUGGAGCGCUGCGAUCGCCAAUCUCUCCGAGAUAUCUAACAAUCUUGAUUCCCUCGGGAACAUACUCAUCAAGAAAGCUGUCUACGUGGAUGAAGAUACUUUCAACAAAGCUUCCUUAACCUCCGAUCAAGCCCGUAAUAUUAAGGUUCUUGAACAAAGGGUGGAGACUUUAGAAAGGGAGCUGGAUGCUGCCAUUUCUGCUGCGGCUCAUGCUCGUACAGAAAAACGUCAGGCUGAAGCAGGACAAAAGGCUGCGGAAUUACGAGCACAGGAAAUCACAAAGGAGCUGGAGAACACCACAAAAGUGUUUGAACUACACAUGGAAGAAUUGCGAUCAAAGCAAGCUGAGAUUUCGAAACGGGAUAACGAGAUUAAGCUUCUAGAAGCUAUAAUUCAGACACUUGGAGGAAAAGAAUCAGCUUCACUCUAGUGGGUAAGAUCUGCCUUUUGCACAUCAUUUAUUCUCUCUGUUGCAACCUGUUUUCUUGUAAAACCAACAUUUCAAUCACUGUUAAUUUGGCAUUUUGGUAUAUACAAAGAGCAUCUUCCCAUCUUGAAUAAAGUUGGACACAUAAUGUUCUAAAA